GACAAUCUCCGCACUCAAAUCUCUUCUCUAAUGGCGGCUUCUUCGUCUUCAAGUCUCCAUUUUCUCACUCUUAGUUUAUCUGCACUUUCCCUUUCAGACCUAAUUAGUUUUUCUUCUUCGAAUUUGAACUUGUAACGAAUCGUAAUUGUUUGCAGGAACUAGAGAGAUGAUCCACUUUUUUCGAACUGCUUCCUUCGGAGAACUGACUUCGUUCAAGAGUAAUUUCAAUCUGUUGAAGGACCUCCAAAUGAAGGAAGGUUCUGCCGAAGCCGUGCUGAAUGCUAGGGAUCCCGAUGGUCUGACUAUAUUGCAUUAUGCGGCUGCCGGAGGAAAAACUCAGAUCGUCAAGUUUCUCGUGGAGGAAGCAAAACUCGAGGUCGAUAUCAAGGAUUUCAAUUCCAAUUCGACUCCUCUGCAUCAUGCAAUUUUUGAAGAGCAUCUUCCCACGGCGAUUUAUCUUCUUGAGAAAGGUGCAGAUCCGAAUGCUGCAACUACGAAGGGGUAUACUCCUUUGCAUUAUGCUGCAGAACAUGGACCUAAGAAGCUUAUAGAGCUCUUGAUAUCAAGAGGGGCUGAAAUCAAUGCUAUGGCUGAUUGUGGUACUCCGUUGCAAUAUGCAGUAGGAAAAAGGAAGAAGGAAUUUGUCAAGGUUCUGUUGGAUCACCAUGCCAAUCCAAAUCUGAUUUCUCGUGAUCAAUAUUCUCCAUUGCUGUUAUCCAUCGUCGCUAAAUCAAUUGAAUGCACUAAGAUGUUGCUAAAGGCAGGAGCGGAUCCAAACAUUCAUGGGUCAGAAGGAAUAAGGACUCCUCUGGGAAUUGCAGCUUCUGAAGGGGACGCAGAAGUUGUUAAAUGCCUGUUGAAUGCUGGAGCUGAUCCAAAUGUCACAAACAAUGAAGGGAUGACACCAGUUGAACUGGCAGCAUUGACUGGUACCCAUCAAGAUGUAAUGAUCCUUUUUCCAGUGACUUCUCCCGUUCCAUCUGUUCCUGAAUGGAGUGUUUCUGGAUUAAUCAAGCAUGUUGACUCUCAUGUGGCUAGAGAAGAGAGGGAGCGGAAGUCAAAAGAGCUAUUUUUGCUUUAUAAGUCAAAAGGAGCAGAGGCCUUUGACCAAAAGGAUUAUUUUGGUGCAACACAGUGGUACACAGAGGCACACUUUAUCAACCCUACUGAUGCAACUGUACUAUCCAACCGUAGUCUUUGCUACUCCAGAAUGAAUGAAGGGGAGCUUGCUCUAGAAGAUGCUCAAGAUUGCAUCAAGUUGAGGCCUGAUUGGCCAAAGGCAUAUUACAGGGCAGGUUCUGCUUGGAUGGUAUUGAAAGAGUUUGAGAAAGCCGCAGAUGCUUUUUAUCAUGGUUGGAAAAUGGAUAAAGAAAACAAGGAGAUUGAACGUGCUUUCCGGGAGGCAAUGGAGGCCCAACGAAACAAAAUGCGUUCCUUCCCAUACUAAAGAUGGCAUAGAUUAUGCUAUUCUCUUGUUGGCACCAUACCUUCUCCAAUCUGUCAAAGCAGAGUUGUAAAGAUGUGAAAAACUCUACCAUGCUGUGUCUUUUUGGUCACGGAGUUGACUCAAGGGGAAGCUUACUGGCCUAGUAUUAUCUACUGAG